GAUCACUAAUCGUUUCUAUUUAUCGCUUAUAUAGACCUAGAAUAAGCCUUUCACUCACUAGAAACGUUGACCUAGUGUAAUAUUUUCCCGCCAUCGUUAGUACCAGAACUCUCUCAGCCGCCGCAUCUCCGUCACCGUCAUGGCGGAUAAGAAGAAGCGAAAGCGAGCUAAAGAUUCCCAAGAGGAGGAUCUUCCUUUCAAAAGCAUCCUCGAAUCAGACGAAGCUAUCCUGAAACUUCUCAAAUCCUACAUCUCCACUUCUCUAACCGCCGCGGGAAGUAGCGGUGCCUCCUCCUCGUCUUCAUCGAAACCGCUAACUCUAGCCGACCUCUCCCUCUCAUCCUCCUGCCGUGAAGUUGCGGAUCUCUCCCUCUCCUCCGUCCAGACGGAAAUAGAGACAGUCAUCGUUCAGAUCGCCCGUUCUAUCCUCGCGGGAGAUGGAUUCUCCUUCAGCGUUCCCUCGCGCGCCGCAUCUAACCAGCUCUAUGUCCCCGAGCUUGACCGUAUUGUGCUUAAAGACAAAUCUACCCUCCGUCCCUUUGCGUCAGUAUCUUCCGUCAGGAAAACUACAAUCACCACGCGGAUCCUCGCCCUUAUCCACCAACUCUGCCUCAGGAACAUCCACGUCACCAAGCGUGAUCUCUUCUACACUGACGUUAAGCUUUUCCAGGACCAGACACAGAGCGAUGCUGUGUUGGACGAUGUGUCGUGUAUGCUCGGCUGCACAAGGUCAAGCCUCAAUGUAAUUGCAGCAGAGAAAGGUGUGGUGGUGGGAAGGCUCAUAUUCAGUGACAACGGAGACAUGAUCGACUGCACAAAGAUGGGGAUGGGUGGGAAAGCAAUUCCACCGAACAUCGAUCGAGUUGGAGACAUGCAGAGUGAUGCUAUGUUCAUACUCUUAGUUGAGAAAGAUGCAGCUUACAUAAGGUUAGCUGAAGACAGAUUCUACAACCGGUUCCCCUGCAUCAUCGUCACUGCAAAAGGCCAGCCCGAUGUAGCCACAAGGCUGUUCUUGAGGAAGAUGAAAAUGGAGCUCAAGCUUCCGGUGCUCGCCUUGGUGGAUAGUGAUCCUUACGGGUUGAAGAUUCUGUCGGUUUAUGGAUGCGGGUCGAAGAACAUGUCUUACGAUAGUGCAAACUUGACUACACCUGAUAUUAAGUGGCUUGGGAUCAGGCCAAGUGAUUUGGACAAGUACAAGAUACCUGAGCAGUGUAGGUUGCCGAUGACAGAGCAGGAUAUCAAGACCGGGAAGGAUAUGCUAGAGGAGGAUUUCGUGAAGAAGAAUCCCGGGUGGGUCGAAGAACUUAACCUGAUGGUGAAGACAAAGCAGAAGGCUGAGAUUCAGGCGUUGAGUUCUUUUGGUUUCCAGUAUUUAUCAGAAGUUUACUUGCCCCUGAAACUGCAGCAGCAGGAUUGGCUCUGAUCUUCAGGUUGCUGUUCUUAUUGAGUUACUGAUCAGUUAGAGACCAACAAGUUUUCUGAUAUGAGUUAUUGCAAUUUAAAUUGUGUUGUAUGGGUUUACACAGAACUGGGAAGAUAUUUGUAAGCUGCUUUAUUCUGAAUGUACACAGAUAUUUGCAUCAA